AUGAAAGCGUAUGCUAUCGUUCUUAUCGUCUGCGGUUCUGUAGCUGCAGCAGUGUUUCUUUUGUGUUGUCUCUUUAAUACUGGCAAGAAGAAGAAAACCAAAGUUCCAACCACUGGCCCGCACCCACCACUCAGAGCCGAUCCUGACCUUGAACUAGGUAAAAAAACCACAGAAAGAGAUGAAAGGAAGGUUAUUCUAGUGGGAGCUGCAGCUACUGCUGCUGUAAUCGUUAGCGCUGGUGGGGAUAGUGGAGGCGGCGGUGGGGGAUGUGGUGGUGGGGGAUGCGGUGGUGGUGGCUGUGGUGGCGGCUGUGGAGGAUGA